AUGGGGGGCUGUGCCAUUGUGACUGAUGCCAACAUCUCCUCUGACCUUGGGAGCAACACCACCACAGGCAUCACGGCCUUCUCCAUGCCCAGCUGGCAGCUGGCACUGUGGGCUGCAGCCUAUCUGACCCUUGUGCUGGUGGCUGUGACAGGCAACGCCACGGUCAUCUGGAUCAUCCUGGCCCAUCGGAGGAUGCGCACGGUCACCAAUUACUUCAUCGUCAACCUGGCCCUGGCCGACCUCUGCAUGGCUGCCUUCAACGCCGUCUUCAACUUUGUCUAUGCCAGCCACAACAUCUGGUACUUUGGCCGUGCCUUUUGCUACUUCCAGAACCUCUUCCCUGUCACAGCCAUGUUCGUCAGCAUCUACUCCAUGACCGCCAUCGCCGCCGACAGGUACAUGGCCAUUGUCUAUCCCUUCCAGCCGCGGCUUUCAGCCCCCGGCACCAGAGCAGUUAUUGCUGGCAUCUGGCUGGUGGCCCUGGCUCUCGCCUUCCCCCAGUGCUUCUACUCUACCAUCAUCAUGGACCAAGGAGCCACCAAGUGCAUGGUGGCCUGGCCCGAAGACAGCGGUGGCAAGAUGCUUCUUUUGUACCACCUGGCAGUGAUCGCCCUCAUCUACUUCCUGCCUCUCAUGGUGAUGUUCGUCGCUUACACCAUCAUCGGCCUCACGCUCUGGAGACGCACGGUCCCCGGGUACCAAGCGCACGGUGCCAACACACACUACCUGCAGGCCAAGAAGAAGUUCGUGAAGACCAUGGUGCUGGUGGUGGUGACGUUUGCCGUCUGCUGGCUGCCCUACCAUCUCUACUUCAUCCUGGGCAGCUUCCAAGAGGACAUCUACUGUCACAAGUUCAUCCAGCAGGUAUACCUGGCACUCUUCUGGCUGGCCAUGAGCUCCACCAUGUACAAUCCCAUCAUCUAUUGCUGCCUCAACCGCAGGUUUCGCUCUGGAUUCCGGAUUGCUUUCCGUUGCUGUCCGUGGGUCACACCAACUGAGGAGGAUAUGAUUGAGCUGACUCAUAAUCCAUCCCUCUCCAGAAGAGUUAACAGGUGUCACACUAAAGAGACUUUAUUCAUGAAUGGGGAUGUGGCCCCCUCCGAGGCUACUAACGGGCAGGCUGGAGGCCCCCAAGAUGGGGUGCCUACUGAACCCUGAAGCCUUAUGUCUGCUGCAGGGUGAGGCUCAGCACCUUCUGAGAAGUAGCCAGUUGAGAGGACCAGAUCUGAAAGUUUGGCCCAUGCUUCAUCCUUCAAUACAUCAAUGGAAGAACAAGAUGGGGCCAGGAAUGUGGAUGCUGACUCUAACAGGACCCAGCCUUCCCUCUCAGGACAGUGCUUCAGGGGAUCCAAUAAGAGUCAAAGAAAACACUGUGAGCUAACACCGACCUAAUCCAGGAGUUGCAAGCUCAGACGCCUUCCUGGGGCAUACAACAUAAUGAGUACAUUGGAUCCAAUAUAAAAGAAAAUCUGCAAAUGUGAUGAUAAAAGGCAGCUGGCUUCCAGUGUUGGGGUAACAAGGAAUGGUGGGGACUGUGGCAAACUGGAGCACAUAGGCAUCCAAAGGGGACAGCAGCUGAUCAGCUCUGGACAAAUGCUGCCAUGUGGUAAUCAGAGCCCACUGUUGGCAGAUAUUCUAAAUCUUUCAAGGGAAACCAGCAAUCCAAAUUCGUGAGACUUCUAGACUUGCUAAAUUUGGCUCACAUUUUUAUAAAUGUUGGGUAAACCCAACAAAACACAGCUGUGGGCAGCAACCCAAUAAUGACACUGAUUCGUUAGCAGGUUAAAGACACAAGGGAAGAAGCUUCUUAUUUUGCAAAGCCCACUACCUGGCCUGGGUCAAUCUGGGGCUUCUCUGACUUGGUAUCUAAGAACACAGAUCCAGGCUGGUGUAGACAGUGGUUAAGAGUCAAAGGGAUUAAAAAAUUGGGGGGAAAAAAAAGAGAGAGAGAGAGAAAGUCAAAGGAAGCCUCAGCUCUGUUGCCUCAGACAAGUUACUCUGACCCUCAGCCUCUUCCUCACAAUGGCAAAACUACCUCACAGGGAUGCUGUGAGAAUGACCAAAGUGAUGCCUAUAAACCACCAGGCCGAGCAGAGUAAGCGCUCGAUAAACAGCAGCCAUGAUUUUUAUUACUACCAUGCCAGCCAUUUUACACAAAUGCUUCCUGCACAUCAGCAACACGGUGCUCAUCCUCACUUCCACAGCAAGAAGGUGGCAGGCAGAGAAUACCAACUGUCCUGGCUCCCAGGAAGCUCCAGGCCUGGCCCAGGCCACCCUAAGGGCACACCUCUCGCUGCCUGCUGCCUCACCCUUCAUGCCCCAGGUUCCCAUCAGAACCAUGUAACACUGUAAAUGCACAUCGAGAGAGUUUAUGUUAUCUGUGUUCUCCACAAAGAUCACUGUGCCAAAGGCACCGGCAGUGCCAAAUAAAGGGACUCUGGUCUCACCAAACCGAGUGAGCAUGCAGUCAGUCCCGGGGGAAGUCUUAGAGCUGCAGUCACAGCUUGGGAGACUUACAUGGCACCUCAAUCACAAGGGACCAUAAUGUGGACUGACGUAAGAUCUACCGAUAGGCUAGGGGAAGAAUCCAAAAUGGUGUAACAGCAACCUCGAGAUUGAAGUGGGGUAGGGAUGCAAGGGUCGGAUGAGGGCCAGCUUCCUAUAGAAGGGGUUAAUUUAAGAUGGGGGAGAAAGAGAGUGCAACAAUCAUGCUUCCCUGGGCUGCUGCAAGACUCUGUGUUAGGGCAGGGACUCUAUUUCAUCCAUUGUCUUGGAGCUGACAGGGUGAUGAAGGGCAGGAUCUGCUUGGGGAUGGCAGGGGGAGGCCAAUGUUGCAGUGUCCUCUCAUUAAACCCAAACAGUCCCUGGAAGCCAAGUUGAUUUUUGCUUUGUUCCAACUACAAGUGAGGAGGCCAGGCUGUUGGAGGACAGAAGACAUCCUUUUACUUUAAAGGUGCUGAGGUGGGUGAGGGCUGCAGAAGCCUCUCCUCAGGUAGGACCCUGGGGCUGGAGCAGGGAACCCACAGGCAGGCGCUGGAAGACAAGGGGAGAGGCUACUUCUGUGACACUCCACAGGGAGAGUACAGAAGUCCUCACAUGCCCAAGGAAAGCUGUGGGGCUGAAGAACACAAUCUUCACUUCAACUCUCCCCUGAC